AUGGGCUUUGAUCUUGGCCUCCACGACCACAGGCUGGUCGACAAAGUACCUGAGCGUGCGGCACCCACCGUCAUACGCUCAGCUCACGCCGACGAUGAUAGCCUGGAUGCUAAGGCGCCUCAAAAAGUGCGCAAGAAGCGUGAAGCACCUUUGAAGAACCCCAACAUACCAAGGUCACUGCUUUCCACCGUAAGGAGCCUCUACAUUGAUCCCGAUCCCGGCUUGCCUUCUGGUGUCGAUCCUGUCCUGGAUAUCCUGCGCAAGCUCUUCAUGUCACAAAUCUGGUGGUCCAGGAAGGAAAAGACCCUAGAACAGCCGACCUUCACCGUGACCAGAGACUCGGUCAUCGAAGUGCCUCCCCCCAAGACCCUGGCGCCGCCCUCGCCCUCUCCUCCCGACCACAACGCCGCCGCCGCCGACAGCUCGCCGCGCUCGUACGGCAUCUACGUCAUCACCAAGCACUACCUGCCCAUCGACUUCGGCCCCGAGAACUUCCGCCGAGCCAAGAUCAUGGCCAAGCUCACCAACAACGGCGCCGGGGUCCUGAUCCGAACCUUGUCCACCACCACCACCUCCACCUCCGCCGCCGCCGCCGCCGCCGCGUCGUCCGACAACGGCGGCUGGAUCACCCCCAACGCCUUCGUCUCCCUCUACGGCGCCGUCCCGCGCAGCGACGCGCGCGGCAUCGGCUCGCCGCACUGGCACGCGUCGGCCAUCUGGGCCACCAGCGGCAAGCCCUUCGCGCUGCUCGCGCUGCCGCGCGAGCAGCGCGACGCCGUCUACGCCGCGUGCUGCGCGCCGGCUGUUUACCCGCGCUUCAUGCACGCAGGCGGCUGGGAGUACCUGCCGCGCAAGGUGCCGACACAAUUCCUGACCAGCAUCAUGCGCUACACCGAGCGCGUCUACGGCUUCUGUUCGCGCGCCGACGAUGAUAUUCCGUAUGCCGCCGUCGCGCCCGUGCUGAGCCUGCUGCUCGCGAGCAGGCAGGUGUCGCGGGAGUUUGCGGAGGUGCUGAGGCGGGAGUGCGAGUUUUGUUUUGCAGAUGUGCAUGCCGUUGUUAAUUCGCCGGCGUUGUUUGGGAAGGUGGUGGUGAAGCGGGCGCCGCUGCUGAAGUGGAGGACGGUGGAGGCGAGAGCGGGGGCGGUCGGGACGCUGACGCGGUUAAGGCUGGAUCUGGAUACGCCGACGUGGUUGAAUGUCUUGGGGUUGAAUGAGGUGCUGCUCGGAGAGCAGAGGGGCCGGUUCAGCGACGAGUGCGUCGCUGGGAAGUGGUUGUUUGACCUGCCGGGGUUGAAGACGUUCACCGUGUUCUUGGGACAUAAGAAUGUCAACACGACUAGGGUCACUACGUACGCGGGGUCCCGGAAGUGCCAUCGACUCUGCACCGGCAUGAUUCUGCUGGGCUUGGCGGGACUGACGGCCGGUAUGAAGGAAGUGCGGAUUCUGGGGUGUGUCAGUGAGCAGCUACUUGAGAUGUUCCUCAAGUUCCUGAGGGAGGGGGAAAACAACGAUGAGGGCGCCUUGAUGUGGGAUAUCCUGGGAUGGGAUGGACGUCGCUACGAGGACUUCCCCAUUCCCCCUCCCCACGAUUUCGCCCAGGUGAAGCUCACUUUUCCCCGUGUGAAGCAACUGAACAUUCCGUAA